AUGUAUUUAUCGAACGGUGCGCCAGAUAUAGCGAAGGAUCAUCAAGUCUGGAAGAAAUACACUAUUCAGUUAGGAGAGAACGAGUUAGUCCUCAAGGAGUUGGAUUUAUUAAACGAGGAUGCAAAUGUGUACAAGUUGAUCGGUCCUGUGCUUGUUAAACAAGGUUUAGCAGAGGCUAAUGCCAAUUUUGGUAAGAGAAUCGAAUACAUCUCGGCUGAAUUGAAGCGGCUUGAUGGAUCUCUUCAAGAUUUGGAAGAGAAACAGCACAGCAAGAGAGAAGCGAUAUUGAAGGUGCAGCAGAGGAUUCAAUCUCAUCAAGCAGGAAAAGCAAAGGCUUAGCCAUCUUCAUAUGUUUGUCAGCAUGAAUACCAUCAUUCUAGUGGGUUGAUAUUUAAUGCUGUAUAUCGUGCUUGCAAGCCUCUGUUGGAGUUUUUAAUCCAGUAUUCUUGAACGUUAGUUGUAAUAUUGCCCCUUUAACCAUAAUCCUUAACAGUGAUGACAGGAUCAUAAGAUUUUCUAAGCAAUGCAUUUCUGCCUUUUUGGGGAUACUGGUCGUAAAACUGAUAAUGGAUUAACACUUAAAUUCGCAGUUUGAUGGCGUUUGAAGUUAUAGAAUUCAAGAUAUAGUAAUAACAGUGGAAAAAGAGAAUA